UCUUCCAUGGUCACCAUGUGAUCCAGUCCUCUUCUUCUAACAAGCAUGAUUAUAGAUCAACAUAUGGUACUGAUAUAGUUCUUUGUGACGACGGCAAAGUCUGAAGAAUCUUUUACAGUGACAUUAAACUUCUGUUAGCGUGGAAACAGUGAAAAUUAAACAAAUGCGAAAUUCCUGAUUGAAAGGGAAUUGACAUGUUUGAGAAUUCGAAUUCGGCUAUCCGAGACACUGAAAUAGGGGCCUGCGUCGGCAGGAUGAAAAACAAAGGCCUGAGGGGUUGAGUUUGGAGGAAGCAACAUCCACUUGAGAAUAUUUUUUACGACAAUGACUUUUAUACCCUUAUGAUGUUAAUCUUUAACUGUCAAAAUCUUCGGCCAAUUCCAAAUCUCUAUUCUCACUCCAACGAGCCUCCUAAAUCUUUAUUUCAUUCCUGCCCAUAUGGCCUCCACAGCACCUCCAAUUCUUCCCAUCUCCACCGCCCAAUCCGGUUCCGCAGCUGCCACGUCAACCCAGUCCCAACCCCCGAUCGCCACUCCCGCUUUCCGAGCUCUAAUCGCCCACCUCUCCGAUUCCGUCUGCAAUGGCUUCUCCCAACGCCGUCCUUGGGCUGAACUCGUUGAUCGCUCCGCUUUCUCCAAACCCGAAUGCUUAUCCGAUGCCACCAUCCGCAUCCGCAAAAACUACUCCUACUUUCGCGUGAAUUACCUUUCUAUCCUCGCUGUUGUUCUGGCUUUCUCUCUUCUAACCAAUCCUUUCUCUUUGUUAAUUCUCCUUGGUCUUCUAGCCUCGUGGAUUUUCCUCUACCUGUUUCGUCCGUCCGAUCAGCCGCUUGUCAUCUUUGGCCGUACGUUUAGCGACCGUGAAACUCUUGGGAUCUUGGUUGUGUUGAGCGUGUUCGUGAUCUUCCUUACGAACGUUGGUUCUGUUUUGAUCUCAGCUUUAAUGGUUGGAGCUGCUUUGAUCUGUGCUCAUGGUGCGUUUAGGGUUCCUGAAGAUCUCUUUUUGGAUGAACAAGAGCCUGCCGCCACUGGUUUCUUGUCAUUCCUUAGUGGGACUGCCUCCAACGCCGCCGCUGCUACCGCCCCUGCAGUCGCCGCACGCGUUUAACUAAUUGUUGGGCAUAUUUGACAUGAUAGAAUUUGUACUUUGAUCUUUUUAAUAUAGGUCAUGGAACGGAUAUGAAGUUCUGUAUUUUAUUUUGUUCAAUCAAUUUGAUCUAAAUAGACUUUUCUUGAUCAUGGUUAAAAAUA